UGUUGUGCAUACGGAAGUUUGUUGGAAGUUUUGGUACUUGGAUAACGUUUACGAAUGUCGCCUUGGCUUAGUCUUACUGUCGUGACCUUGUAAAACACGUUACCAAUGUAAAUGAUUCUUACUGUGUAUUUGUCAACAUUUUUCUGCUGGACGCCAAGAGACUUCGUCAUCUGCCUAAACCACGACCAUUGUGACAAGACGUUCGGCUUCUGGAGCGCAUAUUCUCCUUUCCAUCCUCCAGCUGGCCAAGCCAAGAUGUCUCUGUCCCGCUGCCUGUUCGCUGCUCUGCCGCUGCUCUUGCUGGCUUUGUUUCCAGCUGGGACGGUGAGCCAAGAGAACUUUCUCGACGAUGGAAGCGACGCAAGUCCACCCAUCUUCUGUUACCAGUGCAACAGCGGCGUGGACCUUGACUGUACCAACCUGCAGGCCAACAGCACCAACAGUGUUCACUACAAGCCAUGCUCUGACCUGGGCGAGUACAAGGGGGCUAAGCCUUUUUGUCGCAAGAUAGUGCAGACAAUAUUCGAGCGAAACAACAUGGUAAGGGUUAUCAGGAAGUGUGGGUGGGAGAAGCAUCCAAGGUUGGACUGCUACAAUAUGGCUAACGAUGACCACACGGAGACAGUCUGUCAGUGUUUUCAAGAUGGAUGCAACAGUGCUUACCGUUUCUCAGCUGCUGGGGCAGUCCUGGCCAUGCUGCUGGCACUCUGUCACAUCCUAGUCUCCUGAUCUGACACGGCAUUCUGACUCAAAUACUGUCAAGAGUAGUAAUACUGAGCCAUUUAUUCAGUAAAUGUUACUCUUACAAUAUGUUUUUGUAUAAACUGUACAGUCGUAUUGUGUUAAUUAUUUAAAAUAUAUUUAUUUGCUACCAAAACAAAACUGUUAA